AUGUCUCAGACAAGCAGCCAGGAGAGCAAGCCAGCGAAGGAGACAGUCAGCAAGGCGACCACCGGCAAGGCGACAACCGGCAAGGCGACCACCGGCAAAGCGAUGAAGAAGCCCGGCAAGGCCCUGAAGUCGGUUCGCAAGACGGACAUGUCGAAGAAGAAGCGCAAGAGCAAGCGCAAGGAGAGCUUCUCCAUCUACAUCUACAAGGUGCUGAAGCAGGUGCACCCGGACACUGGAGUCAGCUCGAAGGCCAUGUCUAUCAUGAACUCCUUCGUGAAUGACAUCUUCGAGCGCAUCGCCGCCGAAGCGAGCCGCCUUUCGCACUACAACCAGCGCUCCACCAUCACCAGCCGCGAGGUGCAGACCGCCGUCCGCCUGCUGCUGCCCGGUGAGCUGGCCAAGCACGCCGUCUCCGAGGGCACCAAGGCCGUGACCAAGUACACCGCCAGCAAGUAG